AUGUCCUGGAUGACUGAUAAUGGUCAGACUCUAUUCAGGGCGAUGUUAAGAAUGAUUGUACCCGAAUUUGAACUAAUCGGCCAAGAAAAUAUUGUAUCAGCCUGGACUAUGCCUAAACUUAAGAGGAACACCGAGCGUGCUGAGAAUUCCCACGGUUUCUUGCGUUCCCGUGUCCUUGUUUCUUACCAGAAAAAGAAGCCACCAAAGACUCCGAAAGAAGUCUAUUAUAAAAAGCCAUCGACUCACAGAGAAAGAGAGAGAGAGAGAGAGAUGGAAGGAAGAGAAGAUCAGAAAGGUUUAGAUGGUUUGCGGGAUCAGCUGGAGGAAGAAGAAGAGGAAAGAGGGAAGAAGAAGGUGAAAUAUGUUAGUUACUUGACUGAGCUGGAUAUGAAGAUAGAGCAGCCGCUGCGUGAGCAGGACCCGAUUCGGUUCAAGAGAGAGAUUCGCCGUUGGGCUCACGCCGUCGUCCGGUACGCUCGCCAGCUCAGCCGCAGCCUCUCGUCCUCUUCCUUCUCCCGCGGCCGCCGCUCCUCUGUUUCAUCCUUCCGGUUCGACGAAGACGAAGACAAAGACUUCGGCAACUCUGCUUAACUUCUCUGUUGCUGAUUUUUUUUUCUUCUUUAAUUCUUUUCAUUGAUUUCAUUUAUGUUUCUGUAUAUAAAGAAUGAUGGAUGCAUCAAUAAGUGCAUUUUUUUUCCUUAAUUAAGCGCAAAUUCUUUUGCUGGAUUGGAAGAGCAAAGUGAUUCCGAUAUUCUGAUUAAAGUUCAUAGAUUUAAUUUGAGGAAAUUUACAAAAGUAAAAAAACGCAUUCCGAUCAAUAUUUCAUCUAUAUUUUUCAAUCAAUUCGAUGCUGCAUGACGUUGGUAAAUAAGAUAUAUAUAAAGGGGGGAAUUUACAUGCAUACCACAAAAUUACAUAUCAUUUUAAAACAUAAAUCAAAUCAAAAUGUAUAAGAAUUUUGUUAUAUUAUUUAUGAAGAUCUGCUGAUAAAAAAAUAUUAAAGAUGCUGGUCAGAACACUGCUAAGGAAGUAUAAAA